AUGGCAUUUCAAAUGAUUCUAUGCCAAGACAUGCCAGAUGGCCUUAAGAAGGUUGAAGAUUCCCCUAAUGAUUCAACACCCUUGAAGGGAGCAACCGGCAUACACCUCAUAAAUAUUAGUGGGGGUGAUAUUGGUGGUAUGUAUUCUACCAAUCGACAAGCGCAGAUUGGAAAUCUGCGGGAACUAUACUAG